GCCCAUGACGAAACUGAUGAACAAGGGCAGAGACGAUAGAUCAUAGAGCACUGAUAAUAUACUAACAGAGUCAUGGAUGCGCACAAUCGAAAGGGAUCUCCCACUGUGUCUGCGGAAGAUAUUGACGAUGAAGAAGAUCCCGUUGAGACAAUGAUGAAGAAAACAGGAUGUAUGGAAUUGCACUACGCGGUUCAGGACUGUAUGAUAGAACAUCGGGAUUGGAGAAAAUGCCAAGACAAGGUUGCUGAAUUCAAGAACUGCAUAUCGAAUUACCACAAACGGAUGUCUGCUGAUUAAAUACGUUCAUCUUGUCAGCAUGUACGAUGAAUUGAGCAGAUUUGUGUCAGCUCAAAGGUGAUACUGGACCAGUCCAGCUUAGUGGAAGACCAUGACUGUAGUUUUAUUGCGAUAUAUGCGAUUGCUACAUAACUACCCAAUGUUGAGUAAUCUGAGAAUAAUCGGUAGGAUGUCAAUACCUCUGUGGAUGCAC